AUGGUCGUAGAAGGGAAGCGAUGGCAGUGGAAGAUUACAUACAUGAAAGUGAAAACUGAUGAUUACUGGGUGCAGGAGAUCAACUGUUUGGAGUGGGAGAAUUUUGCUUUCCAUCCCAGCCCAUUAAUUAUCCUUGUAUUUAAACGUUAUAACAGCCUUUGGUGUUUGAAAUUGUUAUUCCACAUAGCAAGUGAUAACUGGAAACUUUUGAAAGAGCUGGAGGAAGCAAUCAAGGUAUAUUGGAACGCCAAAGAUCGGUUACCUCCUCGGGCUGUUAAGAUUGACAUUAACAUCGAGAGAGACUUGGCAUAUGCCCUGAAAGUUAAAGGAUGUCCUCAAAUUUUGUUUUUGCGGGGACACGGAGUAGUGUACAGGAAGAAAGAAGUGAGAAAUGCCGAUGAGCUAGUUCAGAAGAUGGCAUUUUUCUAUUACAAUGCAAAGAAGCCUGCCUGGAUUGACAACAAGGCUUUGCCACGUUUUCGUUUUUAAUCAAAUUUCAGAAAUGUCAUGUAGCCCUUAUCAACUAAAAUAUUGUCUUUGUUGUGAUGCGUUCAUGCGUACAACCAAAUAUGCCGCAACAUUUGUUUCACUGUGAUCUUGUAUUAAGGAAAAGUAAAUAACUAAGGUGAGUUUGUGUAUAUA